UGGGCGGUGCGGGUCCCUGGGCGGUGCGGGUCCCUGCGCGGCCCCGCUCGGCGCUGGCCGCCUGCCCGCGCAGGGGGAGGCGAGCGCGGGGCUCUGCCGCCCGCAGGUGUGUCCCGCCCUAGGCGCGGCUCUCCCGCAGGUACUAAUCGCCGCCCUGCCGCGGCUCCCUCCUGCACUUGCCGCCCUGCUGCCCGCCGAGCCGGCGGUGCCCGAGCGCGGCCGGGAUGCUGGGUGGGCAGCAGCAGCUGCAGCCCCCCGCGCUGCCCCCGCACCUCCAGCAGCAGCAGCAGCACUACUACCGGCGCCAGCAGCACUACAGCACGCUGCCCGCCGCCCGCCGGCCCCCGCCCUGCCCGGAGCCGCCGCCCUGCCCGGAGCCGCCGCGGCCCCUGCCGUGCUUCGAGCCCGGCCCGCCGCACGACAGCCCCGUGGCCUACGACCGGGUGCGGACCUACGGGCCCGGCUGCCGGCGGGUCAGCUCCUCCUGCUCCUCGCGGGCGGCCUCCCCGCUGGACGGCUCGCCCGGCGGCUGCCAGCAGCUCCUCCCCGGCUGCGACCCGCCGCAACAGGGCACUUUUCGAAGGAUUAUUAUCGAGAAUCCUGAUCAGGAGCAAUUAUCCCCAUUAUUUCUUAGAGGGGGGAAUUUCUUUCCUGGAAAUAAUGUCAUCUAUGAAAAGACAAUAAGAAAAUAUGAGCUGUUAAAUCCCCACCAAGAGAAGCAGUACCAGUUGUGCCAGCAGGCUGACCAGUGCCAUGUGCCCCAGCCCUGCCCGCAGCCCGAGCAGCCCCGGGUCACCCAGCAGUGCCAGCAGACACAGACCAGCAGCCCCUGUGACCUGAUGCCCGUGGCUGUGGGCGACGACUGCGGGGGGGGCUCCCUCAGGAGGGUCACCGUGCAGACCUGCCAGCCCGUGAACUGCUCCCAGGAAAGCAGUGACCAGCUGGACUGCCGCUACUUCGGGGAGCUCCUGGCUGAGCUGCACCGCAAGACCAGCGACCUGCACAGCUGUUUGCUGCAGCACGUGGAGAAGAUAGGAGGAAGGAACCACGACUUCGAAGUCACCUGUCAGACUGAAGAGAUUGAAGAUUUAAUUCCUAAAGGACUGUCUGAAGCAACAAAGCAGCAGAUUCGUUACCUCCUGCAGAUGAGAGUGACAUCAGACAAAUCGUUGAGACUCGUGCUCUCCACGUUCAGGAACCUGCGGGAAGAGCUCUGCCAUCUGCAGGAUGACCUGGGGAAAUUAGAAACUGACAAUGUCUUACUGAAGAAGGAUUUGGCUUUUAAAGAGUCUCAAGUAAAAGAAUAUGAAACUAUGUUGGCUUCUCUGAGAGACAAUAAUCGUCAGCAGCAGCAAGGGCUCAGGGACAGUAUUGCCAAGUGCCGCUGCCUGGAGGAAGAGCUGCUGUGCCUGCGGCUCACCGAGGGGGAGAAGGAUUGUCAGCUGAAGGAACUGGAGUACUGCAAGCGGGCCCUGGAGCAGGAGAUCCAGAACCUCAGGCUGCAGAGCUGCUCCAAUCCCACCCUGCAGACCACCACGGAUGAGCUCUCCAGCCGUUACGUGGAGAUGAUCAAUAACCUGAGGGAGGACAAAGAUCGGGAGAUCCGCAGCCUCCGGUCUCAGUUAAGCCAAUUCCAGCAAGAUAUAUCCAGGAGAGAAGGAAGUAACAGUGACCUGCAAGUACGGCUGCAUGAACUGACAUGCAUGUUGGAGGAGAAAGAAGCCUGUAUUAAACAGCAGCAAGAGGAACUCUUCAGAUUGAAGCAUGAGAAGUUAUCAGGCAGUCAGUCCCCUGGUGUAACAGCAAUCAUCACUAAGAAGUACAGGAAUCAGUAUCCUAUCCUGGGCCUCCUGUCUGAUGACUACAAGGUUACCUCACCUGUCAAUAAAUCACAAACUAUUGUAAUCGAGAGGACUGGAGAGAUAUGGAAACAUGAAUGAAAGAAACCCCUGAGCCAUCAGAGCUGCUCUAAGGAGUUGACAACGACUACAACUGCUUUACUUUCUGCUACUUUGCAUCUGAAAAAGGCUCAGUGCCACAGUGAAAAGGCUGGGGAGCACCUUAAGGACAUGGAAGCAUGAAGAAGAUGGAAACCACGCUGAUCCUCACCAUGAAGAACUCGAGUACCUGUGUUCAUCACCUGCCACUACCAGCUGUACAGAUGGUGUCUGUGCUUCUUCACACUCUUCCUUGAGGUCAGAGCUGUGCUCUUGUGUACUCCUCUUCCUCAGUCCAGCCCGAAGCAAAUCUAGGGGACAAAAGGAAGAAGGCUGAAGCUUUUCCUCUUUGUGCUGUUAGCCAGACUCUGAGAGAAUGAUCUCAAAGGUAAGGCCCAUAUGCACAGAGUGCUGUGUCACCUACUGCUGCCCACUGAAGGUGAAGCAAAGCCCGCAACAACCUUCAUGGGGAAUUUCCAAAACACCUCACUGAAAAACACUGACCUGACAUCUACCUGUGCAUGGGAAGCUGGAACACAAAGGAGAAUCACUUCACUUACUCCAGAUACACAGCUCCUCACACCUGGCUGCUGCAUUGGCAAACACUGGAAUUACCUAGUUCAGUGAAAUGGUUGGGCAAGUGCUAAUUAUAAAGAAUGGUUAUUGACCUCAGAAUUGAUGUAUUUGUCAGCUGAACCUUUUUAAGCCCCCAAAACAGCCGUAAGUAUUUUAUUUGCUGUACUUGAAAAUUUAAAAACUUAAUAUAUUUUUAUAUAAAAAAUAUAGCAUAAAAUAGCUCACAGACUAAACUUUAUUAUCAGACCAAUCUCCUUCCAUUUAAAAUGUCCUCCUUGCAGGACCAUAGAAAUUCUCCUAAAAUAAUUUGGUAUUAAUAAUUAACUGUCUAAGCAACACAGGGCAAAGAAUGCAAGAGGAAUUCUAAACUAUGCCAUCAAGAAGGUGCUAGCUCUUCAUCAGGGGCUUCUGGCUUUGCUUUAUUCCUGCAGACAUAUAUAUUUCUAUUCACAAAUAAUAUAUAUCAUAAACAAUGUUUAGUGGUGAAAGAACACUGUAAGCUACCUGUAACUUUGAAAUAAAUGGAAGUGGAACUUUGCCAGUCA